GCGCUGAAGCCCCAGAGCCCGCGGCGACGGCGGCAGUAGCGGGCAGGGCUGGAGCCGGGUGGCUGCGUCUGCUGCAGCCCGGUCGCUGACGCUACGUGCCUCUCGGCGGGCAGCUCUCCCUCCCCACCUGGGGCUCACCUGGUCGAGGCCCCAGUGCUGCCAAGCGCCAGCGGGGCGCCUGCCAAAGGCCGGAAGGAACCGCUGAGCUCGCUCGCCAUGGGGCCGCCGCCUGGGGCCGGGGUCUCUGGCCGAAGUGGCUGCGCCUCUUCCCGACUGCUGGCGUGGUGCUUCCUGCUGGUACUAAGUCCGCAAGCCCCCGGCUCGCUGGGGGCCGAAGCAGUGUGGACCGCGUACCUCAACGUGUCCUGGCGCGUUCCGCACACCGGAGUGAACCGCACGGUGUGGGAGCUGAGCGAAGAGGGCGUGUACGGCCAGGACUCGCCGCUGGAGCCGGUGGCGGGGGUCCUGGUGCCGCCUGACGGGCCCGGGGCGCUCAACGCCUGUAACCCGCACACGAAUUUCACGGUGCCCACGGUCUGGGGUAGCACGGUGCAAGUGUCUUGGUUGGCCCUCAUCCAGCGCGGUGGGGGCUGCACCUUCGCAGACAAGAUCCAUCUAGCUUAUGAGAGAGGGGCGUCCGGAGCCGUCAUUUUCAACUUCCCGGGGACCCGCAAUGAGGUCAUUCCCAUGUCUCACCCUGGUGCAGGAGACAUCGUUGCAAUCAUGAUUGGCAACCUGAAAGGCACAAAAAUCCUCCAAUCUAUUCAAAGAGGCAUACAAGUAACAAUGGUCAUCGAAGUAGGGAAAAAACAUGGGCCUUGGGUGAAUCACUACUCGAUUUUUUUCGUUUCUGUGUCCUUUUUUAUUAUCACAGCAGCAACUGUAGGCUAUUUCAUCUUUUAUUCUGCUCGAAGAUUACGGAAUGCAAGAGCCCAAAGCAGGAAGCAGAGGCAGUUAAAAGCAGAUGCCAAAAAAGCUAUUGGAAAACUUCAGCUACGCACACUAAAGCCAGGGGACAAGGAAAUUGGCCCUGAUGGAGAUAGUUGUGCUGUGUGUAUCGAGCAGUACAGGGCAAAUGAUCUGGUACGCAUACUAACCUGCAACCAUAUUUUCCAUAAGACCUGUGUUGACCCCUGGCUGUUAGAACACCGAACUUGCCCAAUGUGCAAAUGUGACAUCCUCAAGGCUUUGGGGAUUGAGGUGGAUGUGGAAGAUGGGUCAAUGUCUUUACAAGUCCCUGUUGCGAAUGAAACAUCUAAUAGUGCCUCCUCUCAUGAUGAAGAUAAUCGCAGUGAGACCGCGUCAUCUGGCUAUGCCUCUGUACAGGGAGCAGACGAACCACCUCUGGAGGAACAUGUGCAGUCAGCAAAUGAGAAUCUGCAGCUGGUAAACCAUGAAGCGAAUUCCGUGGCAGUGGAUGUCAUUCCUCAUGUUGACAACCCAACCUUUGAAGAAGAUGAAACUCCUGAUCAAGAGACUGUUAUUCGAGAAAUUAAAUCAUAAAGUCUGUGUCAACAGAAAACUUGACCUGGUGGUUAAUAACAGAACUGCCAAUCAGGGCUUAGUUUACUUUUAAUAAAUUGGAUAAACUCAAUAAAAUCAGAAUGAUACUGAAAGUGCUGAGAUGAUUAAUAUUAUGCUAUAGUUAAGCGGCUUACAAUAUUUAACCUACUAACUCUUUUUCCCACAAACUCAUUAUAAUCUUUUUCAUAGGCAAGAUUUCUCUCAAUAGUGAUAGCCACAUUUUUAAACAUUCAAAACACUCUUGAAGGAGUCACAUUUUUCAUUUAUAACAGUUUUCUUAUCAAAACAUACUGCUUUUAAAACGUGGAGUAGCUAUAAUCUAUUUUAUGAUAGUAUCUUAAUUAAAAAUAAUAAUACUUUAGCUUGGGCUAUAUGUGUCAGGGGUUUUCUCCAGGUGCUUAUAUUGAUCUGGAAUUGUAAUGUAAAAAGCAAUGCAAACUUAGGCUAGUACUUCAUGAAAUGUCUAUUUAAGCUACAUUAAGUUAAUAGAACAAGAUUAAAGCAAAAUAUUCAUUUUAACUUUUUCUGGUUUUUAAAAUUAGGCUAAAUGUACUUCAUUUGAGUGUUGAGUAUAGUUUAUCAGAGAAUAUGGACUGAAUUGAUUAGUGUAUUAGUGACACCAAUUUGACACAUUAUAGACAAAAAUACUGUGUAACUAUUUCUCAAACUUAUGCAAUUUUCAAAAACACAGUACAUAAAUUACCAAGCUAUUUGAAAACGGUAAUGACGGUGUAAGUCACACAAUUGGUAAUCGAUCUUUGUGCAUGAAUUAGUCUACAGAAAAUGUCCUGUAAAAUUAGUCUGUAGAAAAUGUUUUCUGAAAAAUGUUGACUUUAAAAGUUGAGUUUACAUUUGACCUAAAUGGGCUAAAAUUAUAUUAGAUAAACUGAAAUUCUGUCCAUGUAGCUAUAAAUUUUGUGAAUGCAUUUUUUGGAGUUUGAAAAAGAGGGGGGGGAGAAUUCCAGGUGCCUUAAUCUAAAGUUUGAAGCUUCAUCCACCAAAGUUCAAUAGAUCUAUUUAAAAUGCACUUUAUUUGUAUUCUGCGUGGCUUAUCUUUUGUUUCAGAGUUUUGUUUUCAGUGCAAAUUGCAGCAGAAUUCAGGCAAAAACAGAACAGACACGUAUUUUUGUUUGCUGAAUAUAGAAUAGAUGAAACCAUUGCAUUCUUGUACACUGAUUUGAAAUGCUGUAAAUAUGUUCUGAUUUGUAUUGAUUCUCUUUCAAUAUAAAAUGUAAAUAAAAUUCAAAUAAAAAUAUGGUAUAUAGUUUA